CGAACGAAUGUCUGCAUUUGUACAGUGGAUUAAACGGUACCCCGUCGUUCGUGGCAUGAUCACGUACAGUUUACUAUGGCCCACGGGAUGUUUUAUUCAGCAAAAAUUAUCUGGUAAAAAGAUAAAUGAAAUCGAUUGGAAAAAGUGUUGGCGGUUCUUUUUCUACGGUGGAUUCAUUGUUGCUCCGUCGCUGUACUGUUGGAUACGGGUGGCUUCCAUCAUGUGGCCACAACAGAAUCUAAAAUCGGCCAUUGCCAAGGCUUUGACGGAGCAAAUCAGCUACACGCCGAUGGCAAUGACAGCAUUCUACUUCAGUAUGAGCCUGCUGGAAGCAAAAUCAGUGGAAGAGUCACUCAACGAAGUACGAGUGAAGUUGUUUCCAACGUACAAGGUUGCACUAUGUAUCUGGCCUUUUAUACAAACAUUCAACUUUUCCGUAGUUCCUGAGAAGAAUCGCGUGCCCUUUGUUAGUAUGUGUAGUCUGCUGUGGACCAUAUUUUUAGCUUACAUGAAACAAAAAGAACAGAAAGAGCUGGAAGCUGGAAUAUUUGUAAAGUAAAUUUUAAUUGCAUA